AAAUCCAUGAACAGCUACCGCAAUUCUUCAAUACUUGAUUCCUUCUCUGUAAUGUAAUUGAAUUGUUGAUUUUGAUUUUCUUGUGGUAUGGCCAGCACUACUCGAGUCCAACAGCCCUUGAAGGCAGCUACACGGACCGUGAUAGUUUCACACACACGACCAACAUGCUGCCGGUCGUCCCGACGGACGCAGCCACUUAACAACCAACAACGAGCAGUCAGCAGCUACGGCUACGAGCAAGCCAAAGCUCUUGUGUAUUCCAAGUACGGCGAGCCCCAAGAUGUCCUCUCCCUCCACGGCCACUCGAUCUCCCCUGCCUCCGGAACGAACGUCGUCAUCCGCAUGCUGGUGGCCCCGAUCAAUCCCGCGGACGUGAACCAGAUACAGGGUGUGUACCCUGCAAAAGGAGAGAUGAGCACGACCCUGGGGACCUCGGAACCUUCUGCGGUUGCCGGCAAUGAAGGAGUGGCCGAGGUCAUCAGCACCGGGUCCGGCGUCAAGACUCUCAACAAGGGCGAUUGGGUCAUCAUGAAGAGCACGGGAUUGGGCACUUGGCGGACGCACAUGGCCAUCGACGAGGGCAAGCUGUUGAAGAUUGACGACAAGCAAGGUCUGUCGCCGCUCCAGGUUGGCACCGUCUCCGUCAACCCGUGCACGGCGUACCGCAUGCUGCUGGACUCGGCGAAAUGGGGAUUCAGAGGGGAUGAGUGGUUCAUACAGAACGGAGCCAACAGCGGCGUCGGGCGAGCUGCGAUCCAGCUGGGUAAAGAAUGGGGGUUCAAGAGCCUCAACGUCAUUCGAGGUCGGGAAGACAAAACAGAGGAGGCGAAGCUGAAGCAAGACCUGUACGACAUCGGUGCUACAAAGGUCAUCACGGAAGAAGAGCUGAUGGGCCGAGAGAUUCGGGACCAGAUCAAGGAGUGGACGCACGGUGGACGGGAACAGAUCAAGGUCGGGUUGAACUGUGUCGGAGGCAAACCGGCCACGGCUCUGGCGAAGUUCCUGAGUCCCGGGUCGACCAUGGUCACGUACGGAGCCAUGAGUAAACAACCACUCACGCUACCUGCGUCGCUCCUGAUAUUCAAGGAGAUCGGCUUCAGCGGGUUUUGGGUGAGCAAGUGGUCCGACAGACAUCCCGACCAAAAGAAGCAGACGGUGGAGGAUGUGCUGCGGCUCACCCGAGAAGGAAAAUUCAAAGAUAUACCGGUGCAAGAGUGUAAAUGGGGAUGGAAGACCGAGGUCGAUACGCUCAAGGCGGCCGUCCAAGGUACCCUUGGUGGGUUUAGACCUGGAAAGGGAGUAUUUGUUUUUGAAGAGACAUGAGCAAAAAGAGAAGUGUCGGACAUCUCAAUCUCAAAAUCUUCAUCGUUUGCAAUGUAUAUAAAAUAUGUGCUUGUAAGAAAUCACUUUGUUGGUACUCUGUAUGAUCGGGCCGGUCAAUCUGGUAUGUACAUCAAAGGGUCACAAGGCAUGGUGCUCACUCUGAUUGAGCGACCAUAUAUAUGGCAAUUUAUGGACACCUCAAAAAGAAGGUGCCUAGGCACAUAACGAAAAA